AUGGCCGACAUAAUGGAAGAAGACCCAUCCUCUGGGCUUCAGUCUUCGGAGAUGGAGGAAGAGAUGCCCGUGGAAUCUUUGGUCAAAGGGCGCGCGAAACGAAGCACUGCAGGACUGCACAUGUCUGCUCUCCUCGAGGCGGCCGCCGAUGAUGACUUGGCGCUUCUUUUCGAAGAAGUUGAAGAUGAUAACGAAUUUGCGGACGUGAUAGAUCCCGACGCGGAGGAUGACCUGGCGCUUGAAUCGUCCGACGAGGAGGAAGACCAGGGACCGAACGUGCAAAACGACUACGAAGGCGAACAGAAACUACAGAAAGAAGAGCGCAAGAAACGAAAAACACAGAAUGAUCUCCGGUUCCAAACCUUACGCAAACGAGUCAAGAUUGAUCCGACCGCUCCAUCCGCCAUGGCCGCCGCUCCUCGCCCGAAAAAGAAGUCAGAGCGCAUUUCGUGGAUUCCCACCUUGGAAGAUGGGCCUACUCGACAAUCCUCGCGUCGACAGACCAUGGUCAACAAGGAGCUUACGCAUGCGCGUCUCAAGGAUAGCCAGGAGAAGCGAGUCCGCAUCAUCGCUACCAUGAAGGAGGCAGAGAAGCGGAAGGCCCAUCUGAAGCCGAAACAGAUGACACAGGAGGAUCAUCUUGCGGAAGCUGCAAGAAUCGAACGGCUCAAUAGCAAAAGUUUGAACCGGUGGGAGCUGUCGGAAAAACGAAAGGCAGAUGAAAGACGCGCAAGAAUCGAGGCACUACAAAACCGCCGUCUUGAUGGUCCAGUGAUGUCUUACUGGAGUGGUGUGGCCACAUGGACCAAUGGACGACUUACGCGGGUGGGUAAAAUCGACAUCAAACCCAAACCAGACAAAGAAGAGUCGAAGAAGAAAAAAAAGGAGAAAGAAGAGAAAGAAAAAGCCGCAGCAGAGCUGAAACCUCUGGGACCUGCUACCGCUGCAGGAAUCGCCCCUGUCUCUAUUACAGCCCCAUCACAACUGACGCCAAAUUCCUCUGCAGUUGGGAUCACAGUCGCUCCCAACUCAACUUUGCCCAAUCUCAAUCCCACCCUAGAUCAAAAGCCGCCUGAAGAUGAGCCGCCAUCAGAAAAUAUCGCAGCUCCGACUGUGGGGAAUACAGACACAUCUAUAGUAUCUGUGGGAACGAGCGUCAGUCAACCGCGGGCAAAAUCCCCGGAUAUAGAGCCAACAUCGACCAACUCUACUGAACAAGGCAACGAGAAUGCUAUGGAAAAGGAAGCCUCAGAGGUUGAUGCAAGUGCACCAGUGCCAAGCUCUGAACAUGACAAGGCCCAGCCCGACGAAAGACGAGGCUUGGAGUUGUUGAAAGGCCCCGAGAGAAAGAUGUUUGCUGUGGAAAUUCCAGCGCCUCGUCGUUUAUCGAACUCUGCGGGGAAUGACUCUACCCAAAAAUUGCCAAGCCCGACCCCCACUAAGAACGACGAUGCUAUGGAUGUGGACCAACCGCCGGCGGCUGCAGCGGAUUCAAAUGCUGUCAAGGCAAAUCACGAAGUCCCAGAAUCCAAGGACCAGGCAAUCUUGCCUACUUCCAACGCCGCUAAUGCCCAACGGACUUCGGUAGAGAUCCCCAAACCAGAUGCUGCCGUGUCGGCUGUACGAGAACACCCGCUAGUGGGUGAAUCUCGGCCAGUUGAUUCGGCCACAUCCAUCGGCACUGAGAUCGCAUUGGCUCCUCCAGCCUCGCCGGCCGCUACAGCACCUAGUCAAGCUCCGGUGCCCGAAAACGCCUCAACCUCGAGCCUAAAUCAACCAUCUACAGCACAGAACGAAUUGCAGUCAUCAGAUGGGAUAGCUCCGGCACCAACACAACCAGAGAUUCCACAACCCCCUCCAGUGAUUGAGCACACGGGACGCUCUCUCACAAUCUUGGAAAACUUUGACUAUGCGACCGCCAACCAUCGUAAAUACAGCAUGUACUUCAACGCCAAGAAGCCCGCUCGCUUGACAAAAAUCUCGUCAUCACUUUGUGUCAUCACCUCAUUGCCUUCGCGUUACCGCGACCCAGAAACCGCUCUCCCCUACGCCAACUCAUACGCAUAUGGCCAAAUCCGCCGUAUGCUCUCGGAAGGGUAUAUCUGGAGCUCGAUGCUUGGGUGCUUUGUCGGCCCGGCUCAGGCUGCCCGCGGAGUGCCCGAGCGGUUUACGGGUAAGCCGGGCCCAGGCACAGUAAGAUACCAACCAGAAAAGAGCGACGGUCAGGCCGAGUCGAUUACAGGGAAGGGAGUCAACCUAACACAUUCCAAUGGCGAAAUUCCUUCCACACCCACGACUCAACUAGCGCCUCCGGGGGAGCCAAUGGAGGUCGAUAAACCAUGA